GAUUGGAAUACGAUGCAGGGAGAUUUCGGGGUUCAGCCGUGGGGCAGAGAACAGCGGCAGCGCCAGCUUCCACAGGACAAAGUCUAACCAUAUGUGGAACGCGGUGGAGAUGGCUGGAGAGUGGCUCCUGCUGGAUGCCUGCUGGGGAGCCGGGACUGUUGACCUUCAGAAGGCAAUAUUUCUACCAAGCUACGAUGACUUCUUCUUCCUUACUGCCCCUGAGGAGUUUAUCGAAACUCACUGGCCGGACGACCCCUCGUGGCAGCUCCUGGAACGCCCAGUUUCGUUUAAAGAUUUCCAACAGAAAAUUUUCAAGACAUCCGAGUUCUUCCGGUUGAGUCUUACCGUCACCACGCCAGAGGCUUUCUACCUCACAACAGAAGACGGUGAAGUCAAAGUGUCUCUGAGCUACCAAUACCCGAUGGAAUUUAGUUAUAAGAUCUACAAACUUUCCAACGACAGCAGAAUUUUUGUAGAGAAGACAUUUGGGAUACUCACUAACCAAGAGUCCUGCAUGACCCUACGUGUCUUUCCCCCAAUGGAUGGACAAUACGAGCUGAUGGUAUUUGCAAGGCCCACUGGCACCACAGCUCCCUACAAAUGGGUUUGCUCCUACCACAUUGACUGCCCACAGCCAAAGUCUUCCCUAGCACUCCCGGAAAAUCCUUUUCAUUUCUGGGGUUUACAUCAAACAGGAAAAGACCUUGGGGUCACCAGCUGCAACCCUGGUGAGGACCUUAUUGUCUCAGAAACCAGUCCCCUGAAUAUUAUUUUUAAGACAUCCAGGGCCUUGAUGGCUACAUUCCAGCUCGCACACCAAGAGAUGGCCGAGCCAUUCAGUAAGAAAUGCCUGGUUUCCCAAAUCGAGGAAACCCAACUUAGAUGUAAAGUCCUCCUACCUUUCCAUGGAUACUACAGGUUGUCUUUAUUCGUGAAGAAGCUGGAAGGAGAACAUUUCCAAAAUGUUAGCAACAUGUUAAUUAAUUGUAGGAACCCAGUGAACCAUAAUGAACUUUUCCCACUGAACCUCAGUACUCACUGCGGGCCUGGCACCAACACAAGACAGCACGGUUUGACCAGUCCCAGCCAUACAUCUCCAGUCAUAAGUACAAGGACUGGCAAGUGCAGAAUCACCUUCUGCACUCUGUGGGACUUGGAGGUGUUUACCGUCCUAGAAAAUGGCAGGGAGACCAAGAGCUUGUGCCCUCUGGACAGAUAUUGUCUCCUUACGCAGGUGGAGCAGAAGAUAUGUUUGACUGUUCACCUUCCAGAGGCUGGACAAUACAAGCUGAGCAUCUUUACCAAGCCCCAGAGAGCCCAGGAGUUCUCCCAUGCCUGCGAUUACGUCAUCCGCUGCCACUCCAACCAAGGCCUACCUCCUUUCCCAAACGUUUACGGUGCGUGGAGGCGCGGCUGUCUCUUGCUGCAGCCACAAGCCGGCCUCCUUCCCGCGGAGAGUUGGGAGAAUUUUCGAGUCAAAAUUCCUGGAGCUUGUAAAGUUCUCGUCAUCGGGCCGGUGAAGACGGAACUUCAGCUCACAAAGAGUACGGUCUGGGAGGGAAAGGUUUUCACCGGCACUGCUGGGUCACUUAUCAAAUUAGCGGUGAAGUUUUCUUCAAACUCUGCAGAAAUGGAUAUCGUGAUGUCAUUUAAAACUCAGAAAACCAGGCUGGACACAUCUUCAGGGUAGCAAGUGGCUGGAACCACCUGUGAAAUGGUUAACAAUGAAUGGGUUAUUGGAAGUAUGUAAUAGGGGGUUUGCCAGACUCGCUUUUUGGAGUGCUGAGAUUUUUGUUCCAGGAAAUGGAAGCUUUCUACAGAGUGGCCCAGUUAGCGUUACACCAUUUCCAGAGCCAUCUUAUAGGCCCUGGGCAAAGCAAUGCACUGGAGCCCCUACCCACCCAUUCACGGGAAUAAAUUACCCCUUCUGCAGUCCUGUGCUGUCUUUUCACAUACUUCCAUACAGUGAAUGGCUGGCUGACUCCAGCCAUUCACCAAUUAGCAUGUUGGUAGCCAUUCACUGUCUGGCUGCAGGCUGGGUACCAAGUAGAGAAUGCUGCACUCUGAUUGGUGGACAGCUACAGCCAUUCACCAAUCAGCAUGCUGACAGCCAUUCACUGCCUGCCUGCAGGCUGGGAGGCAGGUAGAGAAUGCUGCACUCUGAUUGGUGGAUAGCUACAGCCAUCCACCAAUCAGCAUGCUGACAGCCAUUCACUGCCUGCCUGCAGGCUGGGAGGCAUGUAGAUAAUUCACAAUUAGAGCAGCCUUCUAAGAAGCUCCUGUGGCAACGGUCUAAGAGGCAAAUGCCCCCGUCCCAACCCGCUCCUACUGGAAGUGGCUCUGUGCAUCCACAUGUACUGUGCCUCUGUACGAACACCAUUGGGUGGGAUACAUUCACAGACAAAAAACAUCGCUCCACCGCACCCAACAUCGCUCCGGCAUCGGACUCAGGCCCUAUACGUGAAAAAAAUAUAUAUUUUGAUGUGUUGUAGCAGAAACUAUUAUAUGUAUAAAUUGUGGUUAAUUUAGGAGCUCCGGUAGCAUUUGCUUGGUGCCACCAUCCCACAUUACAGCACCUCAUGUCCGUGGCGGGUUAAGGCAGAGGCACAGGGUUGUGUCCUCUUUGGUCACACUGUGUAUCUAUAUUUGCACCACUGGAGGAGAGAGUUUUGCCAAAGAGCAGAAUUUUGGCCAUCGGAGCAGUUGGCCGGGGUGAGGUGUUACGAUGACAACUAUGGUAUAGGCUCUGCGCUCCGCCUAGUCUUGUGAAGUAAAAUGAGACUUUAUGUUAUGUAGCCAUAUUAUUAAAAUAAAAUGGUGGAAAGGGACAUUUUAGGGGCGUUCCAUCCCAUGUCUUUCACCAUUGUACGGAGACACGUGUGUCUAUUUCUACCCCACAAAAACUUUCAAAUCUUCCUGGUUUGGAGCUGGAACUCUUUGGGACCUAGGGCAGGACUACCAUAGGUGCAGCAGGCUGGUACGGUGCCACAGCCGAGGGAACCUGUCUUCCUUAUCUGUCCCAUGUUUUUGUCUGACUUUUUAUUGCUAUUGGGUAGGUACGUGGGUCCCUACAAAUUUUGGUAUGGGGCCCUACAAAUAACUAGUUAUGCCCCCUUUUUGGUACUUUUCAUAGACCUUUAUCAGUGCCGCUGAGAGGCUACUGGGGGCACUUUGGCACAAAUGCCCAUUUAUGGGCCCACUCCAAGCAAUGCUAUAAAAGGCCUCACAUCAAAACAUCUGCUACAUGUAAUAAAUAGCACUGAUGUCCAAUCACUACAAUAAAUAUGUAAUCCAUAAAUGAAGGUGAUAAGGGUUCCUGAGGGAGUCAAUGGAAAAAUGUGUUUAGUGAAAGGGUUGACACUGAGGAGAGAAGAGGUUGCAUCUACCAAGGACAGAGAGUAGAUGCUUUCAUGCAAGGUCACUGGGGAGACUGUAUGGGUUGGUGCAAAACACGGAAAUUUGAGGUUUACUUCAUAAUUAAGGUCCACUAACUCUAAUGAGGACAUGUCACCAUAGGGGAAAUAAUAUUUAUUUAUUAACAAGAUCCUGUUAUUUGCCUAUGAGACGGUACGGUAAAUAGGGCACCCAGGAUGCCAGUUAUGCCCCAGGUAAUGCUCUAUCUUUAUAGCACCAGCUCCGUAUACUGUCAGCAUUACUGGUGCAGUGACGGUCACCAGAGGUGAAAUAGAUUAGCAUACUAGACGGCCUGAUUAGCAUAUUAGUCACUGAAAGAAUCCUGUGGGAGUCAGAGCAAUUUAUCUAGUUCAUAAAAAAAAAUCCCAGUAACCAGUUCUCUUUAAAAACAAAACAAAUUACAAAUAAUAUAAUAAUAUAAUAAAAAUAAUAAUAAUAAUAAUAAUGAGCCUUGUUAGCAGGAAUAUUCCCAUUAUUAUAGUUACCCGUCUAUCAGGGACCUCGCAUGGUAGUCCCACCCAGCAAAUGAUAUGAUGAUAUUGUAGAACUGAUGUGCCUAUAAUGAUGUAUGUCUGUAAAAUUGCAUUGCUGCAUUGUAUGUAACUGCUCUGUCUGAAGACCCUUGUUCUUAGUAAUGUUGUUAUGUUCCACUACUGCGGACCCUGGCUGAGCAUAACUAAACCCCUCAGUGAAGUCUAACUAGGCCCGACCCCUUUAAGACUUAUUUGUUGCCGCUUUAAGUUAUGGUUGAAUACAAGACUGACGAAUUAGGUAGCCAAGAACGGGUUAAACCAUUAAACGGACAUAUUUCUAUGCA